AUGAAAAACGGCAGGCAAAGCACCUGGCUUGGGAGUUGGGGAGGAGGGACGCGGCUUAAUGCCAAAGUACUCGCGGAUGGUCGAUGCCUGGCAUCUUUAGCCAAGUCAAGAACCACCCCCAUCCUACCAGGCAUUCCAAGGGCAGAUGUGACGGUCACUGAUCUUGAGGAAGUCCAGGACCUGCUGAAAAUGAACAUCGAGAAUAAUCAGCAUCUUAUCACAGGCUCCAUUCAAGCCAAGGUACUGAAAUGGGGAACAGAAGUAGCCGACUUCCUCCCUGCGCCGGAUUUCAUACUGAUGGCCGACUGCAUCUACUAUGAGGAGUCUCUGGAGCCAUUGCUCAAGACCAUGAAGGACCUGGCCAGCCCAGAUACCUGCAUCCUCUGCUGCUAUGAGGAGAGGACCAUGGGGAAGAACCCGGAAAUCGAGAGAAGAUACUUCGAGCUUCUUCAGAGGGACUUUGAGUGCGAAAAGGUACCGCUGGAUGAGCACGAUGAGGAGUUCCGGAGCGAGGACAUCCAUAUCUUUGUCAUCCGAAAGAAGUCGCUUCCAUCAUGACAUCUCGAUGCAGCGCACUGAUGCUCUGGCUAUUAGGAAGAGUUCUGAAAAAAAGACAGCAAUCUUAAGAAACAACCACACAUUCUUCUCAGAUUCUCGGUAGAGCAUCUUCGUGCAAGCCUGGAUCAACAAGCCUUCUCCUGCUGAACGGAGGUGCUGUCAGUUUUGCAGAAAAGCUGUGAGCACAACCUUGGGGUCCCAGUUCUCUGUCGGCGUGGAAGCCGGUGGCAGACAACUUGUAAAUUGAGUGAACAUAGAUGUGUGAUACAGAAGGUCCGACAGGUGAUGGAGCUUGCAGGGAGCCUGCAAAGUCCUCUUCUGGACAUGUUUCCUGAGUAACCGUUUAUUGGCAGUUCAUUAAAAGAAAAUGUAGGGGGGAAACCAGCAGGGGAAAGGGGGGUUUGCGAAGUGUCAUCCAAGGACAAAGACACGAGAAGACGGUGUUGGUGGCUGCUUGUCAUUCUGGCCGUCUGACCUCCCGCGGCUCCAGGUGGGCACACCUGUCCUCUCCGGCCUCGUUGCACCUCGCUAGUUGACUCCUGUGUGAGCACAGCGCUGGGCCAGAAUAUCUGAGAGCGGAGGAAAACUUCAUGAAGACUUGCGUUCACAGCGGCUGAACAGACUUUCAAAGUGUGGUGAAUGUCUGGGGGGAGAGAAUGGACCCCAAACGGCAAUGGGGGGCUUUCGCCAGCCAUUUCCUUGCUCCGAGUCCUGGUGGCCUCUGUUGGUGCCAAGGUGCACAGACCUAAAGCCUCUUCUCGAAGCACCACAGGUGUCUUCCAUGUUCAUGCACCUGAUGGGUUGUUCUGUCACGGGUGAUGGCUGGGAGGGAAUCCGGCCCUUAGUGCCGCAUCGAACUGCCACAGCAACCACAGAUUCACGAGUUCCUCAAACCCAAAUGGAGUAAGCUGCUGCUUUGGCAUUUUAUCACAACUAUUGCUAUUCUAAAUGGCUUUUAAAAUUAAAUAUUUUCACAUUUA